GUCUCCUCCCCCGUAAACCAUCGCCGUAUAGAUGGGGGAAACUCGAGAAUCUCCUCCCGCAUAUAUAUAUAUACAAGAAGUGCUCUAUCUCUGCCAGCCGCGUAUAUGUAUAUAUACUUGUAUAGUUGUCUCUCGAGAGAUCGAAGAAGAAGAAGAGGGGGAGGAUGAGCUCUGGCGUGUGCGAGAAGGAGAGUCGGCUGCGGGCGGUUUUAUUGCAUCGAUGCCGCCACCACUUGCUUCCCACCACUAUAUAGGGGUACACACAAAUACACCUCCGCUCGGUCGUGCCUACGUGUGCGUGUGUCGUAUAGCGUCACACCGGCGACUAACACGGACUUUGGCGGCGGCGACGAGGAGAGAGAGGCUUGGGUCGUUGCACGGCUGGCUGGUCGGCGUUGGCUCUGCGGGCGAUUACUGCGUGCGCGAGCGAGUACCGCGACGGUCGUGCUCUCAGUUUGUCCGGCUGUGCGGUGUACGUUUUUUUUUUCCUCCUCUUUUCAAGAGAAAGAGAAAUAUAUAUAUAAAUACUCACUUUGACGCGACAGUUUCUCACGCUCGCGUAUACGGCGAGGAAGUUUUUUUUUUGUUUGUUUGUCUGUCAAAUUGUGCUGUUUGAUGGUGCGAGGCUGCUUGAAUCGGGCGAGCCGUGGAAAGCUUCGACUCGAGGUUUAGCAGUUUCACAGCGUCUCUCGCUUGGUGAACGGGAUAAGCUGGACGUGGAAUCAUUUAUGAAUGGAUGGCGGUAAAAACGCUGGAGCCAAAUCCUUUGCGAGCCUGGGAGGUUUGGAAGGAUGGUGGGCCUACAGAGGCGUCGCCGGCCUCGGCCUCGUGCUGUUUGGCUCGAUACUGCUCAACGCGACGCUCCUCAUCGCGUUCAUCAGACGACCGGGUCUCAGGACCAUCUCCAACAGAUUCGUGAUGAACCUGAUCGGCUCGAACCUCCUGGCCAUCGUGGUGCUGUCGAGCCUCCUCAUCCUGAGCAGCAGCGGCGUCUCGGACCGAAGCUUCCCCGAGGCCAUGGCACCGAGUUUCUGCGCCAUCUCCGAGGGCAGCGCCGCCCUCGUGACCACCUCCUCCAUCCUCUCGGUCCUGCUGAUAGGCGUUGACCAGUACCUAGCCGUGGUCGACCCCCUCCGCUACCGCACCCGCAUCGACAAGCUCAAGUGCGGCCUGCUCAUCCUCGCCGUCUGGUUCCUCGCCCUCGCCUUCGCCACCCUGGCCACCCUCAACCCCAAGCCACGCAGCCUCUCGCGCCUCUGCUCCGGCCGUGACCCCAACACCCCCCCACCAACGACACCCGUGACCUACGGCCUCGCCUACGCUCUGGCUUACGCGUUGAUCGGCUACCUCGUGCCCUUCCUCGCCGUAUGCUGGAUCUACGCGAGCAUCUACCGCGCGGCCAGGAACAACUCGGAGCGCACCCGGCGCAACGGCUCCCGGCCCGUCCUCUCCUCGGGCAGCUUCAGCGACGAGGGCAGCCCCCCCUUAGAGGACAACGGCUGCCCGCAACGCCGGCUCCCUAAAAUCUCGUCCCUGUCGUCCAUCGACGAGAACAGCGAGCCUGUCGUCUUCACGAUGGGCACGAGCAGGGUCACGGCCGACGAUGCCAAAGACACCCCCAAAGUUCCUACGGCCGCGCUCAGAGCCGAGUUCCUCGCCACCGAGGACCAACAAGGGGCCCCCACGGUCAGCCGCUUCCCCGAGGUGGCCGACCACAGGAGAAAGUCCUCCCACGAUCUCAUGUACGAGGAGGAGACGGGACGGGGCCACGAGCAGCCCUACGAGUACGAGGACUCGAGCGACGGGGAGGAAGCCGUGCCGUUGUCGAGGACCGAGGUGCCCGGUUCGCGGAACACGCGCUCCAACAGCGUCAACUUCGACCUCGGGGGGGACGAUGAGGCCGACGACGAGUCCGGGGUGGGUUCGUCGCCGAGCCACGCGCCACUGCCCAUAGUGACGGUCACGCCCCCGGGCCAGAAGAUCGUGGCGACUGCGGUGUCGGCGACCACGAUGGUGACGACGGUCCACCGAGUUGCCACCAAGGGCAACAAUAACCACCACCAAGGGUACAUAAACAACCUCAAGUACAAGAUAAGCAACGGGUCGUUGUUCAAGUAUAGGGAGGAGACGAGGGCGGCGCGGAUAAGCGCCCUCGUGGUGGUGAUGGGCCUGAUCUGUUGGACGCCCUACGUGUACCUGUUGUUGGCGCGAAACGUCACCCCUACGGUGAUGGAGGAGGAUUGGGAGCCUCCGUCCACUGUGGGUCUGGAGUCGUUGGCCUUGGGGUUCCUGGUGGUGGCGACGUACGUGACGCCGUUGCUCUUUGGGUACAGGUCGCGGCGGGUCAAGCGCGAGCUGCGGCGUUUCUUUUGCUUCAAGCGCGAGCUGUCGUACAAGAACAACCGCAGCUUGAUGGCCAAGAAGGUGCUGAGGCGCAGGUACAGCGGGCCCACGAUACUCGGCCAGUUGGUGGUCGGGGAGGCCAACGAGGGCAACAACAACAACAACAACAACAACAACAACGCGAGAUACAGCAUAUUCAAUUGCAUGUACGGGCGGAACCGCUGGCCCAAGGAGAAGGUACAGUUCGUCCAGGUGCCCGAGACCGCCUUGGCCGUCGAGACCUGCCGGAGCAGCUUCAGCUCGGGCGCGAGCACCCAACUGUCCAGCACCUCGACCGACGAGUGCUGCUAGGAGCCACAAAGUGCAUUUUUUUUUUUU